CUCCAUAUCAUACAAAACGGGGCCCCAAGAAAAAGAUAAAAAGUGACCAGAAAUGCUCUGUUUAUCAACAACGAGAAGGAUACGAAGGUAGAACAUCGGAGUAGUGAAGGAAUUCGGCACCCAGUCACAUGAAAGUUGUAACAAAAUGCAGCGUCUCAAAGUAAAGGCCAUGCUUUCUCCCACCUUCCAAGCCUCCUCCUUUUCUUCUUCUUCUUCUUCUUGCUUGCAAUACUCACCUUGGUCCGGCCUGCAAACCUGGAGAGAGUGCCCGCUCAAUGAGAACCGUUGGUGGGGUACCAAGGGCCCACAGCCUCAGCCGCUACAGUCACAGCCCUCCUCCAUUGACAAGCAUUACAGUCAAAUGGUGUCGUCAGCUUCCUCCCUCGCAGAGCUCGGCGCUCUGGUUCUUUCUACCAGCGACCCCCUCGCCAAGUCAAGGAUUUCCCACCUCGCUUAUUCCAGGUGGCGCCAUGACCGCCUACCGCUCGGUGCAUCUGAUCCCCCUCCUCCGCCUGCUCGCCCCUUCAAACCCCAACUGGUUUCUCCUAAAGAAAUUCCAGCUCCCAAGAACUCGGGUUUGCCUCUUAAUGCUUAUAUGCUUCAUAAUCUUGCUCACGUUGAGCUCAAUGCAAUUGAUUUGGCGUGGGAUACUGUUGUUCGUUUUUCACCUUUUAGUGAGACUCUAGGGGAGGGUCUUUUUGCCGACUUUGCUCAUGUCGCUGACGAUGAGAGUCACCAUUUUGCUUGGUGUUCUCAGAGGCUUGCUGAACUUGGUUUCAAUUACGGAGAUAUGCCUGCUCAUAAUCUGCUUUGGAGGGAGUGUGAGAAAUCAUCUGACAAUGUUGCUGCACGUUUGGCAGUGAUCCCCUUAGUCCAGGAAGCUAGAGGACUAGAUGCUGGACCUCGACUUGUACAAAAAUUGGUUGGUUUUGGAGAUCUUCGGACAUCUAACAUUGUUGCUAGAAUCGCUGAUGAAGAAGUUGCACAUGUAGCUGUUGGUGUCCACUGGUUUGUCGAUGUCUGUCAAAAAAUGGGUUGUGCCCCAUCUUCCGCAUUUAAAGACUUGUUGAAAGAGUAUAAUGUGGAGUUGAGAGGGCCCUUCAAUUAUUCAGCUCGUGAUGAAGCUGGCAUUCCUCGUGAUUGGUACGACUUAUGCGCAAAUAACCCGCAUAAGGAUAAGAAAACGGAUAAAAGUGAGAAGCUUUCUGAGGUCUAUGAAAGGCUUGCUUCCAUAAUUUCCAUGGAGAGUGAGAACUCAAGUUUGAACAAGCCUGAGUAGUUUUGCAGCAACUAAUGCUUUCCUCAUACGUGGAUACGCGCGUACUUGGAGUUUUUAUCUGUUCCCCCUUGCUUCGAUGUCUUUCUGUCGUUGUUCAAACGCGAAAUUCAGGUAGAAAAGCAGUUAUCGAUUUCUUCCUGUAAAUGUAUAAGUUGCUUGAGCUCACAAGUUUAUAUAUAAAGAUUGUAGAAGCUCUUUCUCUCCUUUUCCUUUUUUUUAGCAUCCAAUUCCAGACAGAUGCAUGAAUGAGAGUCGGAAUUAGUAUUUGGAUGUGGUGGAAUUGCAUCAUAGCACAUGCUUCACACGGCCAUUGUAGUAGGACUAGGUUCUCCUUUUGCAAAUAUUAUUUGUAAAUAAGAGAUUUCUAUGGUGCUCCACACAUUUUAACCAUUAGAUCUUUGGUUAAAAAUACAAAACCAAGAGUUAACGGUUGGAGCAUCUCCAAAUGAGAUGUCAAAAUCCUAAGUGGAAUGCCACUAUGCAUAUUUGACAUAAAAAAUAUUUCCAACCGAAGUGUUA